CGUUUUCCUUUAAACAGAACACGCACAAUGGACACGGUCGCCUCCCUCCUCGUUCUUUUAACGUUGCCACGGCUUGUGGUACCUGAAGCUGCCCAUGUGACCUCGUUGAAAGCCGUUGUUGAGGUAGUGGGAGACAAUUCGAGGAUCUUUACGGGGGAAAGCAUCCGACUGAGAUGCAGCAUUCUUGGUGACGGCAGGUCUGUCUGGAAUUACCUUUGGUUCAGGGGAGCUGAGCAGCUCCCGUAUUCUGGGCAGGAGUUUAGUCUGUGGAAUGCUGAAGUUAAGGAGAGUGGGAAAUUUUCCUGCCAAGGAGAGAGGGACACAGCUAUAGGGAGCAUACAUACUGCACAAAGUCAACCUGUGGAGAUCCACGUGGACGGAGGGUGGGCUAUCCUACAAGUCCCACCUCACCCUGGCCUCGUUGGAGACACCUUGAAGGUGACCUGUCGCAUCCGAGGCAACCCCCCAGCCCACGACAUCAUUCUCUAUAAAGAUGGCGUUGAAGUAAUGAGGCAAAACGUAAUCAAGCCACAUUUCUACCUGACCAACCUGACCCUUGAGGACCAAGGAAUGUAUUCUUGCAGGGCAUCUUGGGACAUAAGGAGACGCACCCACUCCGUAGUUUCAGUUGCCAAUCACGUGAAGGUCUUAGAGGUUCUGUCACAGCCUGUGUUGGAGAUCGUUACUGACGAUUACCACAGUCAAGUAAAUAAGAUGAAGCUCAUCUGCCAUGUCCAGUACAACCUUCACGCUCCUGCACCUCCGAUACACUACUAUUUCUACAAGAAUAACAACCGACUGGGAACAGCCACCUCUGAAGGCCAUGACCUGGUCAAACGGACUCCGGGGCUGUACAGCUGCAGGGUCAGGGUGCCUGAGUUGGGCCUGUCGAGGUGGAGCGAGGCCAAACGCUUUGGGCAAAUGACAGGACCACAGAUUAUGGUGCCACCACGUCCCAGAUACCAACAACCACUAGCUCCCCCAGUGUUAUCCCUCCUGCCUCCUGCAGCUCAGCCAACAGCAGCCCAGCUUCCCACUCCUACUCUUACUCAGCGUACAGAGAAGAGCUCCCGGUCAUCAGAGCAUCCUCUGAAGCCUUCACAACCAGAGCCAACCACUCUGCUAACUGCACUCCAGUCUGCCAAGCACACUACCAUCUUCCUGCCUCCUGCAGUUCAGUCAACAACAGCCCACCGAUCCACUCCAACUCCUACUUUUAUUCAGCAUACAGUGGAGAGCAUCCAGUCCGCAAAGCGUCCUCUGCACUUUUUUAGCCAUACUAGCCCAGAGCCUGUCAAUGAAAUCCAUGAACGUUUGUCUGGAGAAUCUGACGAGAGUGAGUCCUUGUGACUUAUCUGGGAUUUCAACAGAGGCUGUCCUCAUAAAAUAAAUUAUCCUGAAUCAGAGUUAUCAAGUAUGACUGCUAUAUCUUUAGCUUUCUGAUAUAAAUCAUACCGGGCCAUUAUACUGCCAUUGCACACUUAUGAUUGUGAUUAACUGUGUAAUAAUCGUUUUUCAGAUUCUAGAGUAUCAACUUCAUCAUGUCAUCUGUAGGAAACUAGCUGGAAAUGUCAUACUUCAAAAGCAAUAAAACAUUUGAUAAACAACA